AUGAUUCAAAAAUCCAUUAUCGGUCCUUCAGGUGUGGUCUCUCGGGACAACAGUCGUUCCUGGUGGUUUGAACGGCGAGGUUUUUGGUUUUCGGCCGUGUACGACGACACAUCGGAGCCCGUCUGCAGCGCCCCCCCCGGGAUCAAGACCAUCGGACUCUUCCUCAACGUGAGCGGAGGCGCGUUGAGCUUCUACAACGCACUUUCCCAGGAACACCUCGUGACUUUACCCACGCGUUUCCACCCGGGGAGGGGAGUGGUGCCCGCCUUCGCUCUGGGACAGGGCAGGCUGAAGAUUCGCACUGGUUUGACUCCGCCUCCUCUAGUGUUUUGCUGUAAGGACUCGGGAUACAGGGGGGCACAGGGCGCGGAUAGGAACGUGUGGAGGAGAGAGGUGGCGUUUAGGUCGGUGAGGAAGGUGGUGGAGAAGUUUGAACAGCUGGCUUCGUCACACUGA